AUGCAGCGACCAACUUGUACUGGGCUCCGCGUUCGGUCGACUUCCGACGCUCAUAUAAUAUUCCAUGCCGUGUCGCUAAAAUUAUUGCCUAUGACUCUGAGGAGACUUGAUACAGAAGAACGCCGUGCUAUCUCUUCUGGCUGUGUGUAUGUCUGGGAAGAACGGGGACCGCAUGCAGAGGCAACCGGGCUGGGAAUUGAACGAUGGACCGACUCCAUUCGGUGGGGCCCAAGUCGCGUGAGGGACGUGAGUGCUCAGGAUUCUAUGCCUUUGACGCAUGAGUUUACGAUGCAUUCGCAGGAAUUUUUAUUUUACCAUGAAAAGGAACCAACGGCGGCAGAUUUGGAGAUCAACUCGGAUUCAGACACAACGGUACAAUCACGCCAGGGCUGCCGCCGAGAAAUUUUAAUCAAGCAAACGUAUUCUGUAUUCGUGGACACAGUCCGGGGCCGUCGGAAGUGGCACCUCAUUGCAUAUUUUACUCAGGAUACACUAGACUAUCUUGGUAUUGUCGACAACAUCCCUGCUCUUUCGUCCCUAGAAGUCCCGCCCGGGGUCUAUAAAAGCGCGCGGUCCUCGAAAACUCGUCGCGAACCUGACUCUCCAUAUGAGCAUUUCGUAGCCCCUGUAAACCAGUGCUACCCUCCGAAUAAAAUCCAGACUAUCAGUGCAGCUGAAGACAAGUAUCGUAGUGUGCCGCCUUCGAGACCAUACAUCGGAAUGAAAAAUCUCGCUCCGUUGGCGUACCUUCAAAAUAUACCUCCUCCCCGACGACAUCCGAUGGACGAGAAAGCCUUGAUGUCCCUCACCGCUGGGCUUCGCUGA